UCCAACAUGAUUAGACAGGUGCUAAUUUUCUACAUAUUUAUAUCAAUUGCAUAUUCUGCGACAAUUAAUGUGCAUCUUGACCAACCAGCACACGAAAUUAGUCCAGAACUUUUUGGAAUAUUUGUAGAAGAAAUCAAUCAUGGAUUAGACGGGGGUCUCCACGCUGAACUAAUUAAAAACCGAGCUCUUAAUCCCAAAGGAUGGGAUAAUCUCGAGGGUUACGAUGUUGUGUCUUCUGGUAAUGCUCAAGGAACUAUCACCAUUUCCUACGACAAUCCUUUAAAUGAUGUUCUCACAACUAGCUUAAGACUACAGGUGAACACCCAACUAGCACUUGGAGAGCGUGUCGGUAUUCGGAACAGUGGCUAUUGGGGAAUUCCAAUCCGACCUGAUUACACCUAUUACAAUGCAUCAUUUUAUGCGAAAGCAACUACGAAUUUUGCUGGUCCACUGACAGUCAGUAUUGAAUCUACUGAUGGAAGCAUCGUUUACGCCUCAGCUGCAAUUCCUGGCAUCACCUCAUCUUUCCAAAAAUUUGAGGUUACAUUAACGCCAAUUCGUGCUCUAAUACAAAGUCCCACGCUGGAUGUUGUGUUCGUUAUUGCAUUAGAUGGUUCUGACUCCGUAGAUUCAGGAACAGAAGUAUUCUUCCAACUAGUUUCCCUAUAUCCACCGACUUGGCGUAAUAAACGCAAUGGAUUAAGAAUCGACCUGGCGGAAAAAUUGGUUGCAGCAAAGCCGUCUAUUGUGAGAUUUCCUGGUGGAUCGUUUCUUGAAGGAUAUGAAUACAAUGGUGAGAUCCGUCGUUAUAUUUGGGAAGAAACUAUCGGUCCGAUUGAUCAACGUCCUGGUCAUCCGGGUCUUUGGGACUAUUAUGCAAGCAACGGAAUCGGUAUGCUGGAGUAUUUAGAGCUUGCAGAAGAGUUAAACGCUACUGCUGUAAUGGGUGUCUAUGCUGGGCGAUCAUUAGGCAAUUUCAGUUAUCCUAUAGAUGAAAUGGAACCAUUUGUUCAGAGUGCAUUAAAUGCAAUUGAAUACGCUAUUGGUGAUGCUAGCACAACAUGGGGAUCUGUUAGAGCAGCUACUGGGCAUCCGGAACCGUUUCCACUGCCUUAUGUUGAAAUUGGAAAUGAAGAUUAUUUUUCAGUUGAUUACAACGCUAGAUACCCUUUGUUCUAUGAUGCUAUUACAGUAAAAUUCCCUCAAAUAACUAUCGUAGGUACUGACUACGUUGAUAAUCGUCCGGUUCCUGUGCGAGAUGAUCAUUUCUUUGUAAGCUUAGGAGGACUACCUACUUUACACAAUCAUUAUGACACUAUGGCACGCAAUGAUUCGAAAGUUUACAUUGGAGAGUACGCUACUCGGGACGGACCGAUUGGUGAACUUGUUGUUGCACAUGUUGGAGCAGCAAUCGAAGAUGCGUCCUUUUUAAUCAGUAUGGAACGAAACUCGGACUUAAUUAUAAUGUCAAGCUAUGCCCCGCUUCUCUGUAAUGUCAACGAUUUACGUUGGACACCGAAUGCCAUUUACUUUGAUGGUCUUUCAAGUUAUGCAACUCCGGCAUGGUGGGUUCAACAUCUGUUCAGCACUAAACGCGGAAAUAUUUAUAUUCCCACUGAUUCUGAUGGAAACACCGAAUCAUUUUUCCAUUCUGCUGUUGUAAAUACGGCUACCAAUACUACCAUAAUCAAGGUUGUUAAUAAUGCACCAGCUGCUGUAAACGUAGACGUAAAUUUGAUGGGUAUAUGUGGUACUUUUGGUGGAAAAGUUAGUGUACUAACAGGCGCAAGAUUCGAUAGCAACAGUUUAGAAGAACCAAUGAAAAUUGCGCCUACAGAACAACCAUUCUUAACGACAACCAACACAUUUGCUUUUACUGCACCAGCUUAUUCGCUAUCAAUUUAUGAAAUUCAAUUUGACGAUGAUUUGUGCAACACUGGCAGUAGUGGUUCAAGGUUGAACGAAUAUCUACAGUUCAUCAGUGUGUACCUUUGCGCACUUAUUUACGUAGUGUUUUAGGUUUUUAAUAAUUUGCUGCGAUACACGAGAAAAGCUUCGAAAUGACGAAAAUAAAGUUUCAUUAUGCUAGAAGGAAACUAAUAUCUUAAACAUUUCUCGGUUAACAUCGAUCAGGCUUAGUAUACAUUUCAACUACUUCG